AUGGCAGCAGAAGGGCAUAAUGUGGAUGCAAAUUUGAUGGCCAUUGAACGUGAUCAUGGGCACUAUUUUGUAAGAAAAACUUGCGGUAAACCAGCAUAUUGUCAUCACUGUUGCGAAAAAAUAUGGGGAAUGUUGACUCAAGUUUAUGUCUGUGAAGUAUGUAACUUUGUUUGUCACGAUCGGUGUCUAAAAACUGUGGUAUCCUACUGCAGUAGUGUCGCUCUUCAACUAAUUAAGAAUCCGGUAGCUCAUACGUGGUCUGAACCAAGUCAUAUCAAAAAAAAGUUUUGUUGUGUAUGCCGUAAACGAACAGAAGAAAGUUUAUCUAUUGAAUGUGAAGUUUGUGAUUAUUAUGUACACGUAGAUUGUCAAGAUUUAGCUGUCAGUGACUGCAAGGAAGCAGCAACCUUUGUGCCAAAUUUAGACAAAAACUCUCAGAUUCAACAUCAUCACAUGAGAGAAUGUAAUUUACCUCGGGAUUCGCGUUGUAUUGUCUGCAAAAAGAAUUGUUCCUCCUAUGAAUGCCUUGCUGGUAUGAAGUGUGCUUGGUGCGCUGCCACGGCACACGCUGUCUGCUACCGUCAAAUGCCGCCUGAAUGUGAUUUUGGAGCUUUAAGAAAGAUAAUGUUACCUCCAUAUGCAGUUACCAUACCACGUAACGAACUGCCAAUGGAACAGCUGUUGAAUAUACAUGUCACACAGGCGGAGCCUGCAACUCCUACAUCGGGGGCUUCUACCAAACCCGUACUGGAAGAAAUACCGUCACUGGAUGAUUCCAGAGAUGACACAGAGACCUUGUGCGUUUUUGAUGGUAAUAGCUCCUUGAGACAUCAAGUGUUUAGGACAGCAACAAUACCAAAAACAGCUUCUGUACAGCAAAUCAAAAGAGUAAUGAACCGUUUCCAGGAGGUUGCAAUGCGUCGAUUCCACAUUACAGACAAUCCCGAAUUGUAUUACAUAUCGCAAAUUCUAACCGAUGAAGGCGAGGAAGAAGUGUUGGAAGAUCCGGUACCACUCCGAAACGUGAAAAGACCUGAAGGUAGACGUGCAAGGAUAUUCCUUCGUUACAAGGAUGAUCCUGAGAAAGUUUCCGUCAAAAUAUAUGGAGGAUGGCUGAGGGUACCGACAACAUUUUGCACUUUGGUUGUUACUCGAGAAACUUUGGUACAGGAUGCUAUCGCUGAAGCACUCGAACAGUUUGGGCUUGACCCAACAAUUGCUAAUCGCUAUAACUUGGUAGAAGUGUCUCUUGAGAGAGGUGUUGCGGAAAGAACAGCAAACCCUCAAGAGAACAUGUUGCAGUUAGUUCGCAACCUUCGAAAGGAUUCUCUGCGUCGUUAUCAUGUGGUCAGGUUUUAUGUUCAAGAAAAAGAAGAUCCACACGAUCACGCUGUCUUUGUUGGUAAUUUACCGGUAUCAUUAGCUCAACGACAGUACGAGCGAAUUCUGUUGAGAUUAUUAGGUGCCAAAGGUGAAAAACCAUUUACCGCUAUUGGUCCAAUUUAUUUUGAAUACGGUUCUCUGGUAAUAACAUUUAAUUCGGCGAAGGCAGCGACAUCUGCGGUUCAACGGCUUCAAAAUUCUGUAUAUGAAGACAAGAAGCUCAUUGUUCUUUGUUUACCUAAUGUUCAGCCGCGGAUGUUACACAGUGACUGUGAACCACUGUUAGUAUUAGUUAAUGUUAAAAGCGGUGGUUGUCAAGGUGUUGAACUGAUCAAGUCGUUUCGACGUUUGCUCAAUCCGUUUCAAGUCUUUGAUGUUGUUAAAGGAGGUCCAUUAGUCGGGUUAUAUGUUUUUCGAAAUAUUCCCAAAUAUAAAAUUCUUGUUUGUGGUGGCGAUGGAACAAUUGGCUGGGUAUUGCAGUGCUUAGAUAUUGUAAAGCAGGAUUCUGCUUGUUUUUCUCCCCCUUGUGGUAUAGUUCCACUGGGUACCGGCAAUGAUCUGUCGCGGGUUUUACGUUGGGGUGGUGGCUAUACUGGUGAGGAAAAUCCUAUGGAUAUUCUUAAAGAUGUUAUUGAAGCGGAAGAAGUUCGCUUGGACAGGUGGGCUGUUGUUUUUCACGAGGAAGAACGUUCUCAACCACCAACUACGAGCGGAAGUGAAGCAUGUGCUGAACGAGAUCAAAUGAUGAACAAUCCGGAAGACCAAACGUCGAUGAUCAUAAUGAACAAUUAUUUCGGAAUUGGCAUUGAUGCAGAUGUCUGUUUGAAGUUUCACAACAAGCGGGAUGCAAAUCCGGAAAAGUUCAGCUCACGUUUGUUUAAUAAAACGCAAUAUGUUAAAAUCGGUCUCCAAAAGGCCUUUUUUGAAAGAACCUGCAAAGACCUGUGGAAGAGAAUUGAGCUCGAAGUUGAUGGGAAGGAGAUUGAACUACCAAAUAUUGAAGGAAUUGUUGUUCUCAAUUUGUUAAGUUGGGGAAGUGGUGCAAAUCCAUGGGGGACAGCAAAAGAAGAGGGUCAGUUUCAAAAGCCGACUCAUUACGAUGGCCUUCUUGAAGUAGUUGGCAUUUCGGAUGUUUCUCGACUAGGUUUAAUCCAGUCCAAACUUUCAGCAGGAAUUCGUAUUGCACAAGGUGGAAGUAUAAGGAUAACUACUCAUGAGGAGUGGCCGGUCCAAGUUGAUGGUGAACCGCAUAUUCAGCCGCCUGGAACUAUUACUAUUCUUAAGUCCGCUCUUAAGGCAAAAAUGCUUAAAAAAGUUAAAAAAUCUCGUCGAUUUGGUGGUGGACAACAAUCAGCAAAUCGAGUUUCACAGAAUGAAGGCUCACCAGCAACAUAUGGCGUUCAUCCGGCCGGACCUCCGAUAGCUGAAUCAGAGUUGGGACGAAAAUCAGCGUCUGAUGAAGCACAUAGUGCGGCAAACGAAGACGAUGAGGAAGGUGAUGCGUUUUUAUAA